ACCGCCAGGCUUAAUACACAGUACGCCCACAUUCGAAGUAGACAACAUCGGAUGACAGUUUGAAACAGUGUCUAGUGAUGUGCCGAAAAACUCUCCCUAGGGUGGCCUGGUACACAUCUUUUCCAUGAUGGAUCAAGACUCAAAUUUAGCUCUUCCCACAUAUUGAUAGUAUUAACUACUUUCAAAUAUGUGGUCUCGUCUCAGGAGCAAAAGCCGUCGACCUCCGUUCCUCCUGCACUACCGUUCGGCGGAGUGGUUUAUUGUCACGUCCAUUGCCAUUGCAAUCUUCAGCGAGACUCUGAUCUACGCCAUCUUCAUCCCAGUCCUCCCCUUUGCCUUAGUCUCACGAGCUAGAGUAGAGAGGGAUGAGGUACAACGGUGGACGGCCACGCUUCUGGCCGUCCAUGCAGGCUUCCAGAUUGCGUUUUCGCCGCUGUCCGGCUGGAUUGCCGACAGAACCUCCACGAGACGAGGACCCCUACUGCUCUCCUACCUCCUGCUCGCAGGGGCCACGCUUCUCCUCAUGUUCGGACGCUCGAUUGGGACCUUCAUCGCCGCAAGAGCUUUGCAGGGAGCCGCUGCCGCCGCCGGCUGGACUAUUGGACUUGCGCUGCUCGUCGACACCGUUGGCGUCGACCAGAUGGGCGAAGCGUCGGGCUGGGUGUCGUUCAGCUCAAACGUAGGCAUCCUGUCUGGGCCGCUGCUCGGCGGGGUGCUGUAUGAGAAGGCCGGCUACUACUCCGUCUUCUACAUGUGUCUUGGGAUCAUCGCCUUGGACAUUGUGCUCCGGCUGUUGAUUGUGGAGAAACGCGUUGCCAGGAGAUGGCUGGAGGAGAAGAGGCAUACGCAAUCGAUCGACGAUGCAGAAAAGGCUGAUCCGCAACAAGGUUCACCCUCCCCUACCUCAGCCCCCGUGAUCGAAGUUAAGCAGGGCGUGCCGUCGUCGUCAGUCUCCAACCUCGACUCCACAAGUCACGACUCGAUCACACCACAGCCUCCUCCUCCUCCUCCUGCGGAAGAAUCACCAUCACGAGUCCCAGACCAAACCACCGAAAGCAACACACCAACACAACCACCACACACCACGCCACACCCACCCGCAAUCUGGACCAUCCUCACCUCCAAACGCAUCCUCGUCCCCCUCUGGGCCGCCCUCGUCGCCGCAACAAUCAGCACCUCCUUCGACACCAUCCUCCCCAUCCGCGUCGCCAACCUCUUCCACUUCAACAGCCUCGGCGCCGGCCUCAUCUUCCUCGCCAUCAUCAUCCCCACGCUCGCCAGCGCGCUCGUCGGCAAACUCACCGACCGCCUCGGCGCCCGCCUCAUCACCACCGCCGGCUUCCUGGUCCUCAGCCCGACGCUCGUCUGCCUCCGCUUCGUCGACCACGACUCCGUCGCGCAGAAAGCGCUGCUGUGCGCGCUGCUCGCCGUCUGCGGCGCGGCGUCCAGCAUGCUGCUUGUGCCCGUCAUGGCCGAGGUCGCGCACUGCGUCGAGAGCGCGCAGAAGAUGCAUCCGGAGAGGUUUGGCGCCCAGGGCGCGUUUGCUCAGGGGUAUGGGGUGAUGAAUGGGAUUUAUGCUGUGGGGACGCUGGUCGGGCCGAUUUGGAGUGGGUUCAUGAUUGAUGGUACGGACUGGGCGACGACGACGUGGACGCUGGGCCUGCUGGCCGGCGUCACGGCAAUUCCAAUGUUUCUCCUGCUUGGGGGCUGGGUUGGGCGGAGGGGCUGGAAGGCUGAGCUGCUGAGUCCGGAGAGCGAAGGGGUGAGGAAGGAUAGGGAGUCCAAGGCGCUUGUCGCGGUCGAAAAGGUAUAGAUUAGUUGGUAUACAUCACCUCAGGCUGCGUGAUGCUUCUUCCGGAUUGAUGAUUGUUCAUUCAAAUCACAUCCCUACUGGAGAUUGCUAGCAGCAACUGUGCCGAUCAGUGAGUACUACUAUUGAACACGUCCAUACCCGCUCACAA